AUGACGACCGUUCUACAGGCUCCUCUUGCUGGGGCCUCGCAUUUCUCGUCGAGCACCAUACACUCCAGCUCAUAUCCAGAUCUCUCCUCUCUAGACUCCUCAAUAUCUUUCGACGAACCCCAAUCCCAAACCUCCCAUUACUCUCGCCACGACUAUGACAAAGUAUAUUCUGACUCCGGCCCCUCGACCGCACCUUCUUCCCCUCAAUUGACCUAUUCCUCGCGUCGGGACUCUAAUGCCUCAACGCCCGCGAGCUGCUUGUCCCUGGAUCACAGGGACAUGAUGGACGAAGAUGACGACAUGGCAUUCCCUGCCUUUGGGGCCUCUGACGUGGGCAGCAAACCAGGUCAAGACAGUCCUGUCUCGGGCGGGCAACAUCCUGAUAUCACAACGCAGAUACCGACUCCUCCCACAGACGAUACUGCUCUUACGGGGAGAACAACUCAGGACGACCAAUCAAUAGAAGCGGAACCCACGAGACACGUUGAUUACCUCUCUCACGAAUGGAAAGAGGAAGAGAUCUGGAGGUCAUGGAGCUACGUGGUUCACAGGCGCGGCGGUCUCACCAAUGGCACCCGGCUCGAGAAUGCUUCUUGGAGGUCGUGGACGAAGGCUAAAAAUCACCUCAAGACGGUCUCGCCGGAGACUCUCAACUGGCUGAAGGACUGUGACGUGACAUGGCUGUACGGCCCGCUGCAAACGAACGGGAGUGUCUCUCAAUCCAUGAACAACACGUCUCCUCCGCCCAGCAGGUUAUCUCAUUCAUCCUCCUUCAUCUCCAAAAAGCCCAUUCUCAAAAAGAAGUCGGCAUCGGCUGUGAUCUUGGAACGGUCGAGGUCACAACAUUCUCUGCUACAGCGAGCUGGGGAUAUCAUCAGGAUACAACAGUCCAGUCCCGCCAACGGACGUCCUAUUCUGAGACGAGGCAAUUCUGAGUUUGUUUUACCGCGCUAUGAUAGUUCGGUGGUCAACACCCCCGCUGAACACGAGACGCCUGGCUUCAAUGGGCCGCGAUCUUCUUUCGCUUUUGACGUCCCGACCCCUUCUGAGUGUAAGCACGUUUUGUUUGACGAAGAGGUCAGGCAAGUGCAGGCUAUUGAUUCCGAGGAUGAUGACAAGCCUGACGAAGAAGACGCAAUUCUCGAGGAUGAUGAGGACGAUGAUUGUGGCUUGAUGAUGGCCCCGGCUCAAAGAUCGGGACGGGGCAGCGGUCGAACUACGCCCCGUGGCAGUUUCAGCAACGAGUCAAAGACCAUCGUGCCAUUACCCUCCACUACGUUGAAGUACAGGACUGACACCCCCGAGCCUCAUGAGACGCCUAACGUCCCAAAUGGAUUUUGGCCCAAUGGACGAAAGCUUUCACCCUCACCAUCCCAAGAGACCUUGCGGCCUCCUCGGCCGAACCAGAAUUUCCUUAUUGAUGAUGAUCCGGAAGUGGUGGAUGAGCCAUGGCAACCACAAUCUUCAUUUGGGGACGAACGGUCCCCUUACGACGAAGAGGAUGACGACGACGAUGGUCACCCGACGAUGAGACGCACGGAAUCCGGCAUGUUUAUGCCAUACGACGAGAAUGAGGACGAGGUGGCCAUGAACAACACCCUAUUUGGGCAAGCCAUGUAUGCCGUGAACACUUUUAGGGAUAUUGCCCAUGUGGUAUGGAAUGUGGGCUGGAACCGAAGAUAA